AUGGUAGAACGUGCCUCGAGUAUUGCGGGUUCGGCGAGUGCUGUUCUCGAUGCGGUCAAGUGCUCUGAUGCUCCGUUUGGGUGUCAUUUCAAGUACUUGUACAACUACAACAAGAACUUCAAAAAUCUCGAAAUAAAAGUUGCAAAGCUGAAGGAUAGAAGAUUGGAUGUGCAGGCUAAAGUUAUUGUUGCUGAAAGAAAAGCGGAAGAGAUCAUACAGAAUGUUAAGGACUGGCUGAAUGAUGUGGAGAAGACCAUUGCUGAAGCAGAGAUGUUGAUUAAAGAGAAAGAAAACAACCCUCGAUGUUUCAGGGGAUUGUGUCCCAACUGGAUCACCGGCUACAAACAUAGCAAGAAAGCAUUCAAGUUAAAGGAGAAUGAUGUCGGUCAACUCCUAUAUACGAAAUUCAAUUGUGUUUCCUAUCUUCCUAUUCUACCAGGGAUCUGGCUUAAAUCUACAGAAGAUUAUUUGGCUUUCGAAUCAAGGACCUCCACUGUGAAGAAUGUUUGGGAUGCAUUGCAUGAUGAUAAUAUUUACAUGAUCGGGGUUUAUGGGAUGGGUGGUAUUGGAAAGACCACGCUUGUGAAGGAAGUUGGUCGGAAAGCCAAGAUCGAUCAGCUCUUUGAUGAGAUCGCUUUCAUAGAGGUAACAGAAACUCCGGAUGUAAAAAAGAUUCAAACAGAAAUUGCUGUCAAGUUAGGACUAAUAUUCAAUAACGAGAGGGAAAGAGCAAGUAAGUUAUAUGCAAGAUUGAGGAACGGUAAGAAGAUCCUUUUAAUUUUAGACAAUAUCUGGAAAGAUCUUGAUUUGAGAACUGUUGGAAUUCCUUCGGGAGUUGAUCGUGGUGGAUGUAAGCUGCUGCUAACAACAAGAAACCUAGAUGUGUUGGAGAGGAUGGGUUCGAUAAAUAAUUUUGGGAUGAGUGUUUUAAAUGAAGAAGAAGCCUGGACACUAUUUAGGAAGAUGGCAGGUGAAGUUAUUCAAACACGUGAAUUGUAUUCCUUACCGAAUGAUGUAUGCAAGGAAUGUGGAGGUUUGCCCAUUGCCAUUGCUACUGUUGCAAGAGCAUUAAAGAAUAAGAGACAUGAAUCUUUAUGGAAAGAUGCCUUGCGAGAAUUAAGAGCACCGUCACCGACAAAGUGCACGGGAUUUUUGGAAAGGGAAUACCGGACGAUUGCCUUGAGUUACAAUUAUUUAAGAUCUGAUGAGCUCAAGAAAUUUUUUUUAAUUUCUAGUCUAAUGAAAAAUAAUUCUUCCAUUUCAGACUUGCUCAAACAUGUUGUGGGUUUGGAUAUACUUGAAGGAGCUAACUUGACAGUGGAAAAUGCAAGAGAUAGACUAGAUAAAUUGGUUUGCCAGCUCAAAGACUCUUCUUUGUUAUUGGACAGUUCCAAAAGAGGACAAGUUGCUAUGCAUGAUUUGAUUCGAGAUGUUGCUAUUACAAUUGCAUAUACAGAGCACCAUGUAUUUACGGAGAGAAAUGAUGUUGAAAGGGAAUGGAAGGAUAAAGAUAAACUCAAGAAAUGCACAAAAAUCUCCUUAGCUGCUAGUAGUACUAUUAUUAGUCAGCUUUGGCCUCAAGAUUUGGAUUGUCCAAAUCUUGAAUAUUUUUGUAUGACUAAUAUGUGGAACUCUUCAUUCCAAAUCCCGAAGGACUUCUUCACCGUGAUGCCGAAGCUUAAAGUUUUAAAUUUAUUUAAGAUGCAGCAAUCGUCAUUGCCAUCAUCACUUGAUCUUCUGACAAACCUUCAAACAUUGUGUUUAGAUGAUAGCAAAAUUAAAGAUGUUGCUAUUAUCGGAAAGCUAAAGAUGCUAAAAGUCCUUAGCUUGCGAAAUUCUCGUGAAAUCAAGGAGUUGCCUGAAGAAUUAGGUCAAUUGACUCUGUUAAAGUUUUUAGAUUUGAGCAAUAGUUGGGGAUUGGAAGGUAUUGCACCAAAUGUGAUAUCAAAAUUAUCCCACUUGGAAGAAUUGUAUAUAACGGGACACCAGAUUCGGUGGACGGUUGAAAUAGUUAAAGAGUUCAAGCACUUGACUCAGUUGACUACUUUAGAAGUAGACAUUAAAGAUGACAUGGUUUUGCCUCCAGAGAUUUUUAACAAAAAGAAAAAGCUUGAAAGGUACGAAAUAUCCAUGGGAGUUUGGCCAUUGUUGAUUAAGGAGCAUGAGUUUACACGGGUGCUGAAAUUAAAACUUAAUUCUACCAUCUCCUUAAAAGAUUUACAGACAGUCAAGAAUGUUGAAGUCUUAUGGUUAACUGAAUUGUCAGAUGAUGAGAACGGUCUAUAUAAUUCAAAAAUGAGGCCACUUUUUGAAGAACAGGAUAUCUUCCCUGAUUUAAAGGUCUUGGCAUUGAUAGAUAUUAAUUCUGGAAAUAUUUGGGACAGCCAACUUCGAACUUCCUCCUAUCAAAAUUUGACAAACUUGAGCUUGUGGGGUUGUCCAAACAUAAAAUAUGCAUUUCCAUCUUCCAUAGCCGAAAGCUUCCAGCAACUUCAACAAUUGGAGAUAAAGAAUUGUCGAAAAAUAAAAUAUGUGUUUCCAUUUUCUAUUGUCAAAAGCCUCCGACGACUCCAACAUCUUGUCAUAGAGGAUUGCCAGGUGUUAGAGGAGAUUGUUGCAACAGAAGGAGUAAAUGUAGUUGUCAAUUUCGCCUUCGAGCAUGUAACCUUGUUGAAGCUUGUAAAGCUACCACAACUUAUAGCCUUCUAUCCUGGAAUACAAACUUUGGAAUUGCCAAUCUUAGAAGACUUGGUGGUGAAAUAUUGUGGCAAAUUCGCUUCAAAAUAUCUAAGCUUCCCAGAGAACGAUAAUGAGGGUGAAAUUCAUAUUUCAGAGCCAAAAUCUCUCUUAGACAAAAAGAUCAGCUCUCAUUUGAAGGUAUUGGAAUUAAAGAAUAAGUUGAGAUUGAUUAGAUGGCAGAGUCAAUCUAAAACUCUUGAGAUCAAAUUUGAUAAGUCAGCAAAUAUUGGAAUUCCACUUGGGCUCGUUCGGAGAUUUGAGAAUCUGGAAGAGCUUAAACUAUAUGGCCAUCCUUUCCACAAAGAAAUAUUAUCAUGUGGAAUCACUCUAGUGCCAUCCUUGGCUUCUUUCCAUAAUCUGAAAGUUUUGAGAGUUAAGAGUUACAAUGGGUUAAUGAACUUAAUAACACCUUCAACAGCUAGAAGCUUAGUGCAAUUGAGAGAAAUGAGCAUUGAAGAAUGUGAAAUGGUGAUAGAAAUAGUAGAAAAUGUGCGAGAUGAAACAAUGAGUAUUGAAAUUGUUUUUCCGAAAUUGAAGAAGUUGUCGCUUAGAAAGUUAGAAAGUCUCGCAUGUUUUUGCUCGGCGAAUUACUAUUUCAAAUUCCCAUCUUUGGAAGAAUUAAUUAUAGGAGAAUGCCCCAAUAUGAAGACUUUCAGUCAAGGAUUCUUAACCACACCUAACUUACCCAAAGUUAAUUAUAAGAGCUUAAAAAAUAGAUUCGACUGGGAGGAAAUGGAAGUAGAGAAUAAGGAGAAUGACCUUAAUACAACCAUACAAGGAUUAUACAAAAAGCAGGAUAUCUCCACUGAUUUGAAGUUUUGGGAAUUCAAAGAUAUCAAUUCUAUAGAGAUUUUCUACAACCAACAUCCAACUUCCUUCUAUCAACAUUUGACACAUUUGAUCUUAUGGAACUGUGGAAACAUAAAAUAUACGUUUCCAUCUUCCAUAGCCAAAAGCCUCCACCAACUCCAACACCUAAACAUAAAGAAUUGUGGGGUUUUAGCGGAGAUUGUUGCAAAAGAAGGAGCAAAAGAUGAUGGCAAAUUUGUCUUUCCCAAUGCAACCUCAUUGAAGCUUGAAAAUCUACCAGAAUUUGUGGCUUUCUGUCAUACUUUUGAAUGGCCAAUGUUAAAAGAGUUGACGGUGAAAGAUUGUGACAAAUUCAUGACUUCAAAAUAUCUGUGCUUUCCAGAAAACAACGAGGAGGGUGAACUUCAAUUUUCAGAGCCAAAGUCCCUCUUCUUGAAUGAUAAGAUCAACUCUGAUUUGGAAGGAUUGCAGUUACAGAAUAUGAUUAGAAAUAUUGCAUGGCAGAGUCGUUCUAAAACUCUUGAGAUAUGGAAUGAUAAGUCAGCAAAUAUUCCACUUGGACUUCUUCAAAGAUUUGAAAAUAUGAAAGAGCUCCAACUAUCUUGGUGUGAAUACAAAGAAAUAUUGUCUUACAGAAAGGAUGAGAAACAUACUAGGAUACUCACACAGAUGCAAAUUAGAAGCUUCUCAAUGUCAUCCUCAGCUUUCCAGAAUCUUAAAGUUUUGAGGGUAAGCUUUUGCAAUGGGUUGAUGAAGUUAAUAACACCUUCAACGGCUAGAAGCUUGGUGCAGUUGAGAGAAAUGAGCAUAGAAUUUUGUGAAAUCCUGGUAGAAAUAGUAGGAAAUGAAGGACAAGGAGAUGCAACAACAGCAACCGAAGUCGUUUUUAGCAAUUUGAAGAGGUUGUCACUUAAAGAUUUAAAAAGUCUCACAUGCUUCUGCUUUGGAAAUUACACCUUAAAAUUCCCAUCUUUGGAAAGCUUAUUUAUAUCAGACUGCCCCAAUAUGAAGACUUUCUCCCAAGGUAUCUUAAACACACCAAAGUUACACAAAGUCUAUUAUGAGAGGUGGAAUGAAUUGAAGUGGGAGAAAAUGAUUGUAGAGAAUCAGGGGAGUGACUUUAAUACAAACAUACAACAAGCAUACAAAAACCAGGUUGACUCUAAUUUGGAGGAAUUGAGAUUGAGUGAAAAGGAUAUCUUGCGGAUUUGGCAAGGAGAACUUCCAAAGAACUUUGGCAAAGUGAAAACUCUACAAUUGACUAAGGAUGAAUCAACAAACAUUCCAAUUCGAAUCCUUCACAAAUUUAGCAGUCUUGAAAAUCUCAACCUACAAGUGAGUUCAUACGAAGAGUUACUCUCAUGUGGAGAGGAUGAGGAACACAUUGGGACACUCACAAAAUUAAAAGUUUUAGAAUUGUUGGGACUUUUUGAUUUAAAGUGUAUUUGGAAACAAGACUCCCAAUUAAACUCAAUUCUUCAAAAUCUUUAUCAUCUAGUAGUGCAAUAUUGUCACAAUUUGACUACUCUAUUGCCAUCUCUAGCAUCUUUUGAAAAUCUAAGGACUUUGAGGGUAGAGUAUUGUAAUGGAUUGAAAAAUUUAGUGUCAUUCUCAACUGCUAGGAGUCUAGUGCGACUAGAAGAGUUGAGAAUAGAAGGAUGUGAAGUGAUGGCAGAAGUAUUAGCAAAUGAGGAAGAUAUAGAGAAUGGUGAAAUUGUUUUUGAGAAAUUAAAAUGGUUGUACUUGUAUAAAUUAGAAAGUCUCACAUGCUUCUGCUCUGGGAAAUACACCUUAAAAUUCCCAAAUUUGGAAAGAUUAUGGUGGUGUGGAUGCUCCAAUAUGAAGGCUUUCUCUAGAGGACGCUUAAGCAUGCCAGGGUUACAAUACUUGAAUGAGAAAGAUUGUUCAAAGAGUGACCAUAACACACUAAUGCAACAAUUACAAAAUGUAUUGAGAUUGUGGUAUUACCCAGAAGAAGAGCAGAAGAAGAAGAAGAAGAAGAAGAAGAAUCUUGUCUCCAAACUAAGAUCUGCGAUGGUGAUAGCAGGUGCUACAGAGAGUUGGGCGUCUCCUUCCUUGGUGGCCAAUGGCAAUAUGACUCCUGUCAAGUCUGCUCUAGUAUCCGGCUGUGUGGCUUCAGAUAUGAGUGAAUUUCAAAUGAGCUGUAUCAACCUCACGCGUCCUCUCGCUUCCGUUCUCCGUCGACGAUCUCGCCUACCGCCGAUGGUCUAG